CAGUUUUGCUUCUCUUACUAGAAUCGUUCUAUCACUUCUCUCUCUAAAAAGUAGUUUCUGAUUUGAGCGUUGGAGUGCUAACGGACCAACUAGGUCCGCAAGGCGCUUGGGUGAGUGCAGGAAGGAAGGCCGCGCGGAGAAGGAGAGCAUCCGAGGCGUGAAGUACGAGGGAGGUUACCAGGCAUAAACAAAAUCAUUGCAAAUCCUUUUAUUUUUUUUUUUACCAACACAACUUUUAUUCGUCUUCCUCCAUUUCGUGUUAAUAUCCUCCAAGUUAUUAUUGUUAUUACAGAGAAGGAGAGAUUAUGAUCAGCUUCCAUGUGACUACAAAUUAUUCCCAUGACCUGCCCCAGAAAUGGAAAAGAAUAUGCUUUGAUUAAUUGUUAAUUCCAGGUCACAGUAGGGUUAAGCCCUCUGUAUACAGAAAGUUCACAAAUAAGUUUGGAAGGACAUGGAGAACAAGAGAUUCCCAAAUAGACCCCAAAAAAAAAAUUGUAAUCAAAUCAACCCAAAGUUGUAAUUAUAAAGAAAAAUGGGGGGAAAAAAUAUAUGGACAGGAGUUGUUUGAAACUUUGAAUUAUUAAACAUGAUGAUUAAAAAGUUGAUUUUUGUGAAAUUGAUUAUCCAGCCUGUACUAUCUUAAUAUAAUGCCGGCUACCACCCACCACCACCACCAGUCACAACAUAAUCCCAUGAUUUAAGUAUGGGCCGGAUCAGCUAGUUUCCCAAUCCAAGCCCACAGACUCCGGCCCAACACGAAGACUCUUUUAAGGUCCAGUGGCAUAGGCAACUUCAACAAUUCAAUACACGUCUCUCGAUCUCAUUUCGUAACAAGGGAAAAUGGAUUCAGAAAGACAUAACACCUUACCUAUAGCAUAUAGAACACAAAAUUAAAUAAGUAAAAAUAACAAGAAAACAAUCAACUAGUUCCGCCUUCCUCGUAAUCUGCUCUCUCCUCUCUGAUCGUCUCUAGCUUGGGAGAGCCAUUGUUGGAAGAAGUAAAUCUCAAUUGAAAGCCAGGUAGAGAUGGUGCAACCAUUAAUGGCAUUUUCGUGCUUCUCAUUGUCUCUUUUGCCAUUUUAACUUGAUUAAGUUGGAGCAAAAAAUUAUUUUGUUUGAGUGAAUCUCUCUUCCUCUCUAUGAUUUUUCCAAUGGAGAAAGAGAGAAGAAAGAGAUAUUGAUGAGAUAGGAACUAGCAAGUGACAAAAUCUUUUCUUUCCCUUCUCUCGAUUUAUGAAAAAAAGAAAUUAUUUAGAGAAAUAAUGCUUUAUUUACUAAGAGAAAUUACGAAACUUGUUUAUAGACGAAAUUUGGGGAUAAUUUGAAACAAAAAUUUAGGAAACACAAAGUUUGUUACAUAAAGGAAUGGUUGGAUGGUAACAAAACUAUAUUAUGUGUUUCUAAAUUUUGUUAGAAAUGAGCAAUUGUGAUUGCCCCCAACGCCAAGUAAGUAGUUAGGUCAAUCUGUGGAGUAAAUUGAAGAGAGGGUUUAGGUUUUCGUUUCCUAUCAUGGGUGGGCUGCAUACGGCCCAAUGUUUACUAGAAGAGAAGGAAAUCACCCAAAAUUGAACACAACAAGCCCGACCAAUAUUUGAUUAUGGGCCUCCAAUUGUUUCCCUCUUGCAGCCCGAGAAAAACAAAAAAACCCUAGUAUAUAUUCUUCGCUAUUUUCCCCCAUUUCCACUGCUGCGAUCGCUCCUAUUCAGUAAAACCCUAAUCCUCUUCCUCUCUUUCCCUCCGUCGCCGCGAGUGGAGAACGCAGCAGAACAAUGCCUCCAAAGUUUGACCCAUCGCAGGUCGUGGACGUGUUCGUCCGUGUCACCGGCGGUGAAGUAGGCGCGGCCAGUUCCCUCGCUCCCAAGAUCGGCCCUCUCGGUCUCUCCCCGAAGAAAAUCGGAGAAGACAUCGCCAAGGAAACCGCUAAGGACUGGAAGGGUCUCCGCGUCACAGUCAAGCUCACCGUCCAGAACCGUCAGGCGAAGGUCACCGUCGUCCCGUCCGCCGCUGCUCUGGUGAUCAAGGCCCUCAAGGAGCCAGAGAGGGACCGGAAGAAGACCAAAAACAUUAAGCAUAAUGGCAACAUCUCCCUCGACGACGUGAUUGAGAUUGCAAAGGUGAUGAGCCCCAGGUCGAUGGCGAAGGAUCUCAGCGGCACGAUUAAGGAGAUUUUGGGCACCUGUGUCUCGGUCGGGUGCACGGUUGACGGGAAGGACCCGAAGGACUUGCAGCAGGAGAUCACUGAUGGCGAAAUCGAGGUCCCCCUCGAGUAAGAGUUUAUUCUGUGAGCGUUUUAUUACUCUACUAUGUCUUGGAUAGUUUCCCUCUUCGGUUUUCUAAGAGAACGAACAUAUGGGUUUUGCCUGAAUUGUAGUUUCGAAUAUUUGAGAAUGGCUUUUUGAGUUGGUUUACAUGUUGAGGCAAUUACUAGACCAAUUCCCAUGAUUUGUCUGUAGCCAUUUUGAUCAGUUAUUGUAUUGCUUAUUAUGGGUAGUGUCUCAACUGUGGCGGCAUGAUUAUGGUCCAUGAUAUGCCCAGUAGCUCGGUGGACUGUGUUGCUAUCUCUGAAUUGUUUGCUGUUGUUGCUCUGUUCAAUUCGUCUGUCACUGGUGAGAAAGGUAUAAGAUCGGCGGUUGGAUGAGGUUAUGUGUAAUCUUACUCUUGGCUAGGAUUGAACUGCACUUGUUUUCCUUGUGUUCUCUGUUCUGACAUUAUGGAACCAGUAGCUCUAGUUUGUUGCUCUGUCUGCUGGAGUCUGUAGUUCUCUGAAUUGCUUCAACACUAUUAUAUGUAUUGUCUGCCAGAUGUAUCCGUGCGAUUGUGGUGUGUGAUGGCUUUAAGAUAUAGAAGGAAAAUUGAUGAUAUGAGGUCCUUUUGAUCGUUUGAGUAGUAUUACCAGGAAGCUGUAAGAGUAAGAUUGACCGUGGCUUGGUUUGAACAGUAGUUGUUCUCUCUGUGUUCCCUGUUCUGGCACUGUGGAACCUUUAGCUCUAGUCUGCUGCUCCUUCUUCUCGGGUCGGUGGUUCUCCGGACUGCUUAACAGCUCCAAAACUUUCCGAUUUACCUGCCAGAUGUAUCCGUGCGAUUGUGAUGUGUGAUGGUUUAGACUUUAGAGAUAUAGAAGGAAAACCGAUGAUUUGGUUUUAAGAUGUAUCGGUGUGAUUUCAUUGUUUCUUGUUAUACCUAUAGAUUACUUGUUGGAAGUUGAGCAAACUCGGAAUCCAACUCCUUCCUCAAGACAUUUAUGCUUGUGUAUUUUCCAUACAAACAGCAACAUUUAGGUAGAAUUAUUACUCUACGUUUGUGCAGCUGCUUUUAUUUUUCUCCUUUUCAUUUCUCCCUCUGGUUAUUGCUUGCUUGUUUGAGGAUUCGAGCAUUGUUUUCUGAUGCAAUGUAGCUAUACAUAUUUCGUGGUGGCAAACAAAUACUACCACGAUACUCUGUUGCCAGUAUUGCCUUCAAACUUGACGAGUUUCACGUUAACCUUGUCAGAAGGCCUGUUAGCGGUGCGUUUCGGUUUUAACCGAACCGCAAAGUCGGUUAGCCGACAACGAGAAAGAGGCAACAUCAGCAACCGCAACCGCGACCGACGGCACCAUCGGUUAGCCGAUAACCGCAACCGUCGGUUUCGGUUUCAAACGACGGUUAUUCAGAGACCGACGCACACCACCUCUGACCACCACCAUCGCUAUGCAUGUCACUGAAAAAUCCCAAUUUUGAACCAUCGACAGAGGAAGAAGAGAGACCCGUCGGAGGCAGAUGACGGACGACGACGAGCAUACGUGGGUGUCAAAUCCAAAUCUGAGUCCGCGAAUCGAGGUAGAUGAGGGAGGAAGAGGAGAGAGCGUCGGGAGGAGGAUUUGGAUCUAAAUCCGUCGUCAAAGGCAGAGGAAGAGCGACGACGAGCAUACGUGGUCGGAGUUCUUGAUUGGUGGCAGAGGCAGAGGCGUGGAUCUGAAUCCGUUACCUCUUGAAACAUGCAAGGCGGAGGUCAUCGCCACUCCGAAAUCGACCUCUGGAUUGGGAGUAGGAGCGAGGGGGGUGACGAGUUAGAGGAAGGAAGGAGUUGGGGAUGGCGAGGUAGAGGAAGGGAGAGGGAGAUGUUUCGAGAAGGAAGGGAGAGGGAGAGGUCUGGGGAAGGAAAGAGUUGGGUAUGUCGAAGUAAAGGAAGGUAGAGGGACAUGUUUGUAGAAGGAAGAGAGGGAGAGGUCUGGAGUGUAAGGCGAAUUGGCGAUGCAGAAGAGGGGGGAGAGGAAUCGCCGGUUAUAGCGGUGCACCAAAAGUAUUUCGGUUUGUAACCGACGAUUUCGGUUAGCGUAAAGGUCAAAAUCAGUCAACCACAACCGAGACUGACAACAGCUUAUCGGUUAUCGGUUUCGGUUAUAAACCGACAGCUCGAUUCGGUUGUUCAUUAGCUCUUCAUUAUCUCAUUUCCUCUCAUGUGAAUAUAUAAUGGCUUGGCUC